AUGACGAGACAUCGCUUACCAGCACGCGCGAUGGCUCCGGGAAAGAAGAAGACAGCGCGAAUAACGCCAUAUGCUCCUCCUCCUUAUCCUGGCACGUCCAAACGCAGUCCCAUCGAUGUGGACGCGGAAGAGAAUGUAGAGACGAACCUGAGGUGUACCGUCAUUGUGAGGGAGGCGAGAAUCAGGAAGCUUGCUAGGCAAGUGGAUAAUCUGAAGAAGGAGGUGGCCAAAGAACGAGAGGCGCGGGACCGAGAGCUCGCGGACUUGGAAGAGGACCUUGCGAGCGUUAAGAACUUGAAUGCUGCGCUCAUCAUCGAGCGAGACACCCUUAGGAGCAAGCUGGACCGGGCGCGAGACGAGAUGUACGGAGCGCUUGAGGCACUGUCUUAG